UUGUGAAGUCAAUACCAGACCCUUCCCUUCUCCACUCUUCAACAGCCUGAAUGCGACCAAGGAGCUAUUCAUUGUUGCACGAACGGCAGCAAGCUCAGGAUUUGGACGAGGCUUUUGAGCUCGACGGGCCAGGCGAAUUGGAGCCUUAUGAUUCCCAUGAACUCGAUACUUUUUUGCAUCACUCUACUUCGCCUCAAUCAGACGACGAUGAAAGAUCAGGCGAUGAACAAGAUUUGUUGCCCGGUGCUCAUCAUCGUGAUCCAUCCACUGUCUCGCUCUUUUCACUCGACUCCAUACCCAUGAUCCCUCUGUCGCUAAGUCAAGCUCGAGGACCUGAUCUGCAAAAAAAAGUCUCGUUAGUCAAUGGUCUCGCUCUUGUUAUUGGCUCUAUGAUUGGAAGUGGUCUCUUCAGUUCUCCAGGCCCUGUCCUUGAAUCAGUAGGGGCCCCAGGCACCUCCCUGGUCGUAUGGCUUGUAUCUGGCAUUAUUGCCAUGGUUGGUGCUCUUUGCUACGCAGAGUUAGGCUCUAUGCUUCCGAUGAAUGGUGGAGAGACAGUUUAUUUGAACAGAGCAUUUGGAAGCCUGGUAUCGUUUGUGUUCGAGUUUGUCAACAUUUUCGUUCAAAAGCCUGGAAGCGUGGCCAUCGUUAGUGUCAUCUUUGGCGAAUACGUCUCCCGAAUCGUCUUUCACACUUACUUCUUUUCUACGCCACACGACUCGGACGCUGCAGCUGAACUUGCCGACUCCGUCAUUCCUCCGUAUUUACCAAAGUUAAUCGCUAUGCUAUGCGUUGUACUAGUGUCUGUCAUCAAUGCCCUGUCCGUCAAAGCGGGAAUACGAGCCCAGGAUAUUCUCACUGUACUCAAAGUUCUUGCUGCAACUGUCAUUGCUAUUGUUGGGCUGGUUAUUUUGGCAAGAGAUGGUAGUCGAGGAAGUCACAGUUUUGACGGUGACUUAUUUGCUGGGUACAAUGAAGUGUCCUUUGGUCAAUAUACACUAGCACUUUACUCAGGUCUUUGGGCUUACGAUGGCUGGAAUAACCUCAAUUAUGUUAGCGGAGAAAUGAAAGACCCAAAUAGAGAUCUUCCUAGGGUCAUCUUCAUUGGUAUACCAACAGUCAUUAUGUUCUAUUUAUUCUCAAAUAUUGCUUAUUUGGCCGUGCUACCCUCUAACGUCGUUGCGCAUACCAACACCGUCGCUAUGGACUUUGGAAAGAAGUUGUUUGGGACCGCAGGAGGAAUUUUAUUUGCCUUAUGUGUUGCUCUUUCCUGCUUCGGGACGGCCAACGCUACCGUCUUUACUAGCUCAAGAAUUGUCUUUGUGUCGGCAAAACAGGGCCAUAUACCAGCAUUCUUCGGUAAAGUCAGCUCAAAACGACAGACACCUCAGACAGCUAUCGUUCUCUUGGCUAUUUUGUCCAUGAUCAUGAUCAUUCCCGGCUCUUUCAAAACGCUCGUCAAUUUCUAUUCUGUUUGCGCCUGGCUGUUCUAUUUUUUGGCCGUACUUGCCCUGAUUGUAUUGCGUUUCAAGGAACCAGAACUCAAGCGUCCCUACAAGGUGUGGCUCUCGACUCCAGUCUUGUUCUGUAUAGUAGCUCUGUUUCUAUUCGUGAUGCCGUUUGUGGAGGCGCCGAUGGAAAGUUUUGCUGCAUUAGGCUUCACUGCUCUUGCUAUACCAUUCUGGCUUGUUCGCGUCAAAUAUGGGGAGCAAGUUGGACAAUUUUGGGAUGGUAAGCUAUAUUCGCUGAAUUGCGUAUCCAUUAUGGAGGUAUGUUGACGUUUGGGCUUUUACAGGACUUGUUUCGAAAUUAAACUGCCAGAAGCGAUGUGGUUGCCUCCCAUGGCACCGUAUUAUUUUCUGGAAGCGUGGAGGCGAGGGUUACGAGAGGCAGCAUAUGAUGGCCGAGGUUGACGACGUCUGAAAGAGACUGUAUUUCCUCAAACCACUGUAUCAUAUUGUAUAAAUAGAUACGAACCUAUUAACGUUCGUGAUAUCAGCAG